UUUUUUUUUUGGGGCAUGCUGAACACGAAGCAUUUGCCCGGCAGUGGAAACAUCAUCACUUCAGGGGGAAUCCAAGGAUGUGACACGUCACACUUUCUUUCCGGGAAUGGAGAUGAGCUCGGAACCGUAACCCUCGCCCUUAGGUAUCGACGCCGGCCCUCGCAAAGCAUGGUGACUCUGGCUGGAUCCGGUGGAAUAGAGGAAACAUAAGGAGAAAAGGAAAAAGUAAAAAAAAAGAAAAAAGAUCUGGGUGGAUGCGGUGAAAUGUUCAAGGAUAAUCAUGCUCGGUAUGGGUUAGGCUCACAAAUUCCUAAGGGAUGUUCUUCAUUUCUGGACGGUGUUGUGAUGAAGAUCUUGCAAAGAUUUGGUACUUGUGUGUACUUGAUCCUUGGUAGAAAGGAUAGAUAGUUAGCGGAUCCAAAAUAAUGGCAUGAAAUUACCUGGAACAGCUGCCCCUUCAGGAAAGGAAGUUAUGCUACGAACAGGGCCCAAGGAAAUGCAGAACCAUGAUAACAACAAUCAGAAGGUUUAUCCUCAACCAAUGGAUGAGAGUGUGAAUCAGAAUAAGGACUCCAUGGAGGUUCUCAUAUCCAAGAUUUUUAGUAACAUUUCCUCUCUCAAAGCUGCAUAUAUUCAACUCCAGGAAGCUCAUACUCCCUAUGACCCAGACAAGAUUCAGGCUGCUGAUAAGCUUGUUAUAGAGGAGAUCAUGAAGUUGUCCGAGCUCAAGCAUUCCUAUAGGGAUAAAAACCCCAAAAUCACAUCAGCAACACCUAAAGAUUCGCAUCUAGUUUCAGAAAUACAAGAGCAACAAAGCCUAUUAAAAACUUAUGAGGUCAUGGUAAAAAAAUUUGAGUCCCAGAUUCAGACUAGAGACUCUGAGAUUGUUCAAUUUCAGCAACAAAUUCAGGAGUCAACUCAGAGAAAGCUGAAACUUGAGAAGAAACUCAAACAGAGGGGUUUGCUUUCCAAGGAACGUGAGGACUCUGAAGAAGAAAAUAACUUCUUCUCUGUUGAGUUGACCCCUACCUUGUUCUCUUCUGCUGUAGAUACAGCAUACAAGUCCAUCCAUGAUUUCUCAAAGCCUUUGAUUAACAUGAUGAAAGCAGCAGGGUGGGACCUUGAUGCAGCAGCCAAUGCAGUUGAACCAGCGGUUGUUUAUGCAAGAAGGGCACACAAAAAGUAUGCAUUUGAGUCACACAUUUGCCAGAGAAUGUUCAGUGGAUUCCACGAGAAGAGUUUCUCUGUUGAGGCAGGUGGUCUUUCUACGUCUAAUGAGGGCUUCUUCCAUCAGUUUCUUGCGGUAAGAGCCAUGGAUCCAUUGGAUAUAUUGAGCCAAAACCCAGAUUCAGUUUUUGGAAAGUUUUGCAGGAGCAAGUAUUUAAUGGUUGUUCACCCGAAAAUGGAGGGAUCUUUCUUCGGUAAUCUGGAUCAGAGGAACCAUGUAAUGAGUGGUGGGCAUCCUAGGACAGCAUUCUACCAGGCAUUUCUGAAGUUGGCAAAGUCAAUAUGGAUGUUGCACAGGUUGGCAUAUUCCUUUGAUCCGAAAGUUAAAGUUUUUCAGGUGAGAAAUGGGAGCAAGUUCUCGGAGGUUUAUAUGGAAAGUGUGGUGAAGAACAUUAGUUUGGGUGAGGAAGAUCAAAGACCUAAAGUUGGGCUUAUGGUGAUGCCAGGUUUUAUGAUUCGGGAAAGCAUUAUACGAUCCCAGGUUUAUCUUUCAGGUGUGAAGUGUGCUGAAUGAAGAUCGGUACAUUUGGAAAGGUUAUUGCUGAUGUGGGAAGCACCAUUUAUCUCUGUUGUUUGGGUAGCUGAAGUUAGUGGUCUGUUGGUAUGUUCAUCUGUGUUGUAAAUUUAAAGGUUCCAUGACAAGUAGAAAGAUGGGGGAUCUGUAACAUGCCUGUCAUGGUAAAUUGAAAAUAUUGAGGUGAUUGUUACUGUGUGGCAGUUACAAUUGGUGGUGUACUCUGUGCAAGAUAGCAAUUGUAGAUAUAAGUUAGCACUGUUUAUUGGAAUUUGUAUGAUAUGCUAAAUCAAUAUACCUGUUUGAUACUCACUUUCCAUA